AUAAAAAGAUUGUUUUGGACGAGAAGGAGGAAGAGGUUCUCGGAUCACCUCUUAUCAAAUAUGGCGACACCACAGUGUUCCUUCAGCAUCUGGAAACGGGACUGUGGCUAUCGUACAAGACGUACGAGACGAAAAAGCGCGGAGUUGGCAAAGUAGAGGAGAAGCAGGCCAUCAUGUCCGAAGAAGGAAAGAUGGACGAUGGCCUUGAAUUCAGCCGUGCUCAGGUUGAAGAAUCUCGGACUGCGCGCGUCAUUCGAAAAUGUGGAUCGCUCUUCAACAAGUUCAUCGUGAACCUGGAUGCGAUGCAAAACGGCGCUGGCAGGCAGGAUUCUGCGAUGAGCACUAUCGACCAAGACGAGAUGAUAAUGUGCUUCGAGGAUCUCAUCAAUUACUUCGUCCAACCGGAAGACGACAUCGAGCACGAAGAAAAGCAAAAUAAGCUGAAGGCUUUGAGGAACAGGCAGGACUUGUUUCAAGAAGAGGGCAUCUUGAACCUCAUCCUGGAAACUAUAGACAAGAUCAACGCGAUCACAACGUCCGGUUAUCUGGUGUCUAUGGGCGGCGAGGAUGCCGGUCAGAGCUGGGAAACGAUAUCGGGCUUUUUGUAUCAGCUGCUGGCUGCCAUCAUCAAGGGAAACCACACCAACUGCGCUCAGUUCGCACAGCCUCACAGGCUAGACUGGUUGUUCAGCCGACUGAGCAGUCAGCAAGCCUCCGAAGGAACAGGCAUGUUGGAUGUACUGCACUGUGUGCUGAUUGACAGCCCUGAAGCUCUCAAUAUCCUCAAAGAAGACCACAUCAAAGUUAUCAUCUCUCUCCUUGAAAAGCAUGGACGUGAUCCGAAGGUUCUGGACGUCCUGUGCUCCCUCUGUGUCACGGGCAAAGGAGUGGCCGUGCGCAGCAGUCAGAACAACAUCUGCGAUAACCUGCUGCCCGGGAAGAACCUGCUACUGCAGACACGCCUCGUUGAUCAUGUGGCCAGCAUGCAGCCCAACAUCUUCGUUGGCAAGGUGGAAGGAGCGGCGUUGUUCAGGCGCUGGUACUACGAGGCCAUGGUGGACCACUGCGAGCAAGUGAGCCACCUGGCUCCCCACUUGCGCAUCGGCUGGGCCAACACGGCCGGAUACGUGCCUUACCCGGGCGGAGGGUCCAAGUGGGGCGGAAACGGACUCGGGGACGACCUUUACUCGUUCGGCUUCGACGGUGCCUGCCUAUGGACCGGGGGUCGCUGCAACUUAGUAAGGUCGUCUUCGCCACCCUACAUUCGCAAGGGUGACGUCAUCGGAUGUAUCAUCGACCUGAACGUGCCUGUGAUAAGUUUCACGGUGAACGGAAUCAAAGUGAAGGGCUGCUUCCGAAGCUUCAACACCGAUGGCAUGUUCUACCCGGCGAUCAGCUUCUCGGCGAAAGUGAGUUGUCGUUUCCUGCUAGGCGGAGACCAGGGCAAAUUACGGUACGGCCCUCCCGACGGUCACUCGGCGCUUGUAGAGGCCCUGUUGCCGCAGCAGGUGCUCACCGUCGAGCCGUGCUUCCAGUUCGGCGACGUUCCUAAGGGAGUCCUGUUUGGCCCGGCUCCCAUUGCCGAUGACGCCGUCUUCGUGCCGUCACCCGUAGACACGUCCAACAUUACCCUCCCUAACUACAUCGAGUCCGUCCGAGACAAACUCGCCGAAAAUGUCCACGAGGUGUGGUCGAUGAACAAGAUUGACAGCGGGUGGAGAUACGGAGACGUGAGAGAUGAUGCUAGAAGGCUGCACCCAUGCAUCACAUCAUUCGAGCACUUGCCAAUGGCCGAAAAAAAGUACGACACGACGCUAGCUCUUCAAACCCUCAAGACGAUCCUUGCCCUGGGAUACCACAUCACCGUGGACAAGCCGCCUGCACGCAUCAAGACCGUCAAGCUUCCCAACGACCCGUACCUUCAGCCGAACGGCUACAAACCGGCUCCAUUGGACCUGGGCGCGAUCAUGCUUACAGCCAAAAUGGAAGAGCUGGUGGACCUGUUAUCUGAAAACACGCACAACGUCUGGGCUCAGGAGCGCAUCCAGCAGGGCUGGACAUACGGCCUUGUUGAGAACCAGCCAACCAGGAGAAGUCCACAUUUAGUGCCUUACAAGAGCGUUGAUGACGUCAUCAAGAAAGCGAAUAGAGAUACAGCUGGAGAGCUUGUGCGGACUCUUCUGGCGUACGGCUAUGUUCUCGAGCCUCCAACUGCCGAAAGCCUGGAAGGCGUGCAAAGUAAAGUAGCGUCAGUCAAAUACGAUCAACGAACCUACCGUGCCGAAGUAACUUACUCCGUGUCCGAAGGAAAGUGGUACUUCGAGUUCGAAGUGAUGACACUGGGUCCCAUGAAGGUCGGAUGGGCAAACGCCAGCAACUUCCUGCCAUCGUGCGAGCUCGGCGGUGACCACAACUCCUGGGCCUACGACGGCUUCCAGGCUGUGAAAUCUCACGCGGGAGGCACGGAAUCCUAUGGUAAACAAUGGAUGAUCGGCGACGUCGUCGGAUGCAUGCUUGAUCUCCAUGACCGCACAAUUAGUUUCUCUUUGAACGGAGAAUUAUUGCUGGACCAGCUCGGCGGUGAAGCUGCGUUCUCGGACAUUCCUUGUGGAGAUGGAGCAUCCUACGUACCAGCGUGCACAUUUGGCAUAGGCCAGAAGGCAAAGCUGGUGUUUGGUCACGACGUCAACUUUCUCCGGUUUUUCACCACCUGCGGCUUGCAGGAGGGCUACCAACCUUUUUGCGUCAACAUGAACCGGAACAUGACUUUCUGGUACAACAAGGAUGAACCAAUGUUCGUCAACGUGGAUGAUGCCUUCUCGCCGAACGUCGAAGUGAACAGGAUACCAGCCGGAGGUGAAUGUCCACCGGCUAUAAAGAUAACACACAAGCUGUUCGAGUCGGUGGAAAAGGUCAACUACGAGUUCCUGAGACUCAGUUUGCCGGUCUCUUGCAACGAACACCUCAUAGAGGAUCAGGAAAAAGACCACCGCUGGGAAGAAGUGCGGCGGCGACAGCGGCGAGCGCAAGCCGAGAAGCAAAGCGUACGGCACCCAGGUAACCUACAAUCAAACCUGGAGCACCACAUGCUUCGCAGCGGCUUCAGUAUGUCCGACGUCAAGGAUCUGCAGCGCGGCUACUCGGACGAAGGCGGUGACACCGAGGAGCCGAUCCCCGUGGAACACCGGCCCCCGACACCCCAGCAGCGGCGCCGCUCCAUGCUCAGCCCCCGCGGUACCACCGGCACCCUAACCAAGACGCAGUCGUUCGAUGCUGCCACCACCCUGCAGGUUCCUGACGGUUCCCGUCCGGACCCAAAGCGGCUGCGGGCAGCUUCGAGCGAGGAGGCGCUCAACCGGCUCGGCCAGAAGUCUAAGGCCGGUCAGCGAACCAAAGCGGUCACACCCGAACCUGAGAGCAAGUCCAAGCGCCGUGGGAAGUCUCCUUUCCGCUUCUUCCGCAAGAAGGAGGAGAAGGAGGAUGCCGCCGCCGCCGCAACCGCAGCUUCCAUUCAGGUGCCCCCGUCCUCGAAAGGGGGCCAGCAACAGGCCAUGUCCCCACCGUUGCUCACGGUGCGACCUCCGUCCGUCCACAGACUGUCACCAGCUCCCAGCAACCAACUCCUGUGCCCACCUGUACCCGAGAGACCGACCACGCUGUCUUCGCCGACGAGUCCCGGCGGCGGAAGUGGAACCGGAGGUGGCACUUCCACUCUGCCCCGCAGCGGAAGCUUCCGCAGGCCUUCCCUGACGCCCGGCCCGCCGCCCAUGGCCACCGACGAGAGCGGUGACCACCUAGACACCUCGGUGCUGGACCUGGUUGACGAGUACUUCUUCGGUCUCCGCGUGUUCCCCGGACAGGACCCGAACCAUGUGUACGUCGGCUGGGUCACCACGGCGUACAAGUUCUACGACCGCACCUUCGGCAACACGAAGGUGCGCAAGGUCGCCUUCCACGGACUAAGCGAAGAUGGCCUCGUCCACCAAGUCCUGGAACGCCAGAACUGUUACAUGGUGUGUGCGGGGCAGUUGGCCGCUGAGAUUAGCCAGGGUGACGCCGCAGGCCGCUCGGCCAAUCAGGGCAUGUACGUCGGGUGCCACAUCGAUGUCGCCACCGGCAUGAUCACAUUCAGCGCUGACGGCCACAUGACUAGGCAGCGCUUCAGAAUGGAGCCCGGUACAAAGCUGUUUCCGGCAGUGUUCUUCGAGGCAACCAGCAAGGAAGUGAUACAGUUUGAGCUGGGCCGCACGCCCACCACGCUGCCGCUGUCAGCGGCCCUGCUGCACACGACUAGCAAGCACCUGACGCCGCAACUGCCGCCAAGGCUCAAGGUACAGUGCCUGCAGCCGUACGUGUGGGCUCGCGUGCCCAACGUAAACCUUCGACCGCAUGCCCUACGUUUGUCCGAGGUGCGCGGUUGGAGUAUGCUCUGCGAAGACCCGCUCUCCAUGCUGGCCCUUCACAUACCCGAAGAAGACCGAUGCAUCGACGUCCUCGAGCUCAUUGAGAACGAGCGCCUUCUGAACUUCCACGCGCACACACUGUCCCUGUACGGGGCGCUGUGCUUCCAGGGCAACCACAGGGCGGCGCACAUGAUUUGCUCUCACGUUGACGAGAAGCAGCUAAUGUAUGCAAUUCAGAGCGAGUACCUCUCGGGACCACUGCGAACGGGCUUCACCGAUCUGCUCAUCUCUCUACACUUGGAGUUCCACGCAUACGCCAGGAGCUUGACGCAGAACGAAUUCAUCGUGCCCCUUGGUCCCGACAUCCGAGCGCUGUACGAAGAACCGUUGACGGCGCAUUCCUUCUGCACACUGGAGUGCGUCUCCAUACGACCUGACAUGGCGUUCUCGGAGACAAGGGAGAAAGUGGAGUCAAUCGCCGACCUCAGCACGCCGUACUUCCCUGUGGACGCCCUCAAACAGUUUGUCAUUGAAGCCCUGGCUGACGCCGUAAAGAAGGACAGUCGCCCCAACCGCGACCCCAUCGGUGGUAGCAACGAGAACCUGUUUGUGCCCCUUCUCAAGCUCGCUGACAAGCUUCUGCUUGUUGGACUGAUGAAUGACGAUGACUUACAGUGGCUUCUCUACCUUCUCGACCCCAGUACUUUCCUUCCUGGUAAAGCGGGAAUCGGUGCUCCGGCCGCGGUCACCGGGAGUGACGGCAGUGGAGGCGGCAAUGGAGGCGUUCCGUUGGGCCUCAUCGACAUGCAGAUCGCCGAGGGAGUCAAAUUGCAAGUGUGCUACAUACUGCACCACCUGUGCGACCUGCAGCUCAGGCACCGGGUUGAAGCCAUCGUUUGCUUUUCCGACGACUACGUUGGAAACCUGCAGUCGGACCAACUGCGACGGUACAUUGAGAUCAAGCAAUCGGACCUGCCUUCCUCAGUGGCUGCAAAGAAGACCCGCGAAUUCCGAUGCACACCCAAGGAACAGAUGCGGGCCAUCCUCGGUUUCAAGAACCUGGACGAGGAGAGCAGCGACCAGUGCCCUUGUGGAGAAGGUCUGCGUGAGUCACUGAGCAGCAUGCACGAGGACCUGGUACAGCGACUCAAGGCAGCCUGCGCUGCCAAGGAGGAGGCCACUGAUGGCGAGGCGGAGAGCACGAGCUCCCUGCGCCAAAAGUUCAUGUCGCUAGUGAACUUGGUGAAGUCCUCGGAAGAGCCGACUGGGGAAGAGAAGGAGCACAUUACACUUCCUGAAGAGAUCUUCACUCGCAAGGUGGUUCAGGUGGUGGUCAAGUGGGCCAAGCAGUCGGAGAUUGAGGACCGCGAAGUGGUACGCCAGAUGUUUGGCCUGCUGCUGCGCAUUUACAACUCAGUCGGGGAGCUGAUGAACGCCCUGAACAACACGUACGUCAUCAGCCACCGCAGUCAGGCUGACAUCAUCAGCGUGCUCAGCCACCUGGGCAAAGUGCGUGCCCUGCUGCCUGUCCAGAUGUCGCCCCUCGAGGAGGAGAUCAUGCGCAAAAGCCUAUGGGCUCUGGUGAACAACCGCAUCUUCUUCCAACAUCCAGACCUUAUCCGUGUCUUACGUGUAAACGAAAAUGUCAUGGACGUCAUGAUAAACACUCUAGGAAAGCGGGCCCAAACGCAGUCCUCAGGACAGGCUCCUGCGGCUGCGUCUUCACCUGCCUCGCCAUCCGCACCUGAAGCUGCAUCGGCCGACAAGGACACAUCUCACGAGAUGGUGGUGUCUUGCUGCCGCUUCCUGUGCUACUUCUGCCGCACAAGUCGCCAGAACCAGAAGGCCAUGUUCGACCAUCUCGACUUCCUGCUUGAGAACAGCAACAUCCUUCUCUCACGACCAUCACUACGUGGAUCAACACCGUUAGAUGUGGCAUACAGUUCCCUUAUGGAGAACUCAGAGCUGGCGCUUGCGCUAAGGGAACACAACUUGGAGAAGAUAGCUGCCUACAUGUCUCGAUGUGGCCUCCAGUCUAAUUUGGAGCUUGUGGACCGUGGAUACCCUGACGUUGGAUGGGACCCAGUGGAAGGAGAGCGAUACUUAGACUUCCUGCGCUUCUGUGUCUGGGUGAAUGGGGAGACAGUGGAAGAGAACGCAAACCUUGUGAUCCGUCUUCUGAUUAGACGGCCGGAAUGCCUGGGUCCUGCACUUCGUGGUGAAGGUCCAGGGUUGCUAGAUGCUAUCCGCGAGGCUGUCCGCAUGUCGGAACGCAUCGCUGCCGAACGCCUUCAGCAACAGCAGCAGGGUGUGCAGCUGGAGGAACCUGGCGAGGAUGACAUCGACAUGGGUGCGGCCAUCCUCAACUUCUACUGCACCCUGGUGGACCUGCUCGGUCGAUGUGCCCCCGAGGCAGCCACUAUCGCCCAGGGAAAGAAUGAGAGCAUCCGGGCACGUGCCAUCCUCCGGUCUCUCGUGCCUCUUGAUGACCUACUCGGCGCACUCAGCCUCCGCUUCACGCUUCAGAUACCACGAAAGGGUGACACUACGCCAAAGAGUGACCUGCCCGCUGGGCUACAGCCUAACCACAAGCAGUCCAUCGUUAUGUUCCUGGAGCGCGUGUAUGGUUUGGAGACGCAGGAGACAUUCUUCCGCCUUCUCGAGGAUGGCUUCUUGCCUGACCUCAGAGCAGCAACCAUGCUCGACCGGACGGACAAUACGGAGAGUGACAUGGCACUGGCACUGAACCGUUACAUUGGCAACUCCGUCCUUCCAAUGCUGAUCCAAUACUACCACUACUUCACCGAUGCUGAAAACUAUGCCAGCUUGUUGGACGCAACAUUGCAUACGGUCUACCGACUCUCCAAGGUCAAGAUUCUCACUAAGGGACAGCGUGAAAAAGUCUCUGACUUUCUUGUCGCACUGACGAGAGAAAUGCAACCGAGCAUGCUCCUGAGACUACUACGAAAACUCACGGUGGACGUCUCUGUCAUCACGGAGUACACUGCCGUCGCCCUCAGGCUGCUGACUCUACACUAUGAGCGGUGCAAGAGCUACUACAGUGCCAGCGGUGGCCAGGGAGCUUAUGGGACGGCGUCGGAGGAGGAGAGACGACUCACCAUGCUACUCUUCACCAACAUCUUUGACUCCCUAUCUAAGAUGGAAUAUGACCCAGAGCUCUUCAGCAAGGCACUGCCGUGCCUGACAGCCAUAGCUUGUGCCCUGCCACCUGAUUACUCCCUGAGUGAGGGCCACGAAGAGGACUGGUCUAAGCAGAACACAACUUCAGGUCCCUACGUGCCUGAGCCAAUAAACACUUCCGGAAUUCAGCUGAGUCAGGACUUGAACAACAUUGUGCAGCGAUUCUCAGAGCAUUUUCACGAUGCCUGGGCAAUGCGAAAGCUGGAGCGAGGUUGGCAAUAUGGAGAACGCUGGAAUGAUGAGACAAAGACGCAUCCGAGGCUGAAACCUUACAAUUUGCUCACCGACUAUGAAAAGGAGCGCUAUCGUGACCCCAUUCGGGAGCUCCUCAAGGCGCUUCUGGCAUUCGGUUGGAAACUAGAGCUGAGUGAUUCAUCACAGCGCUCAAACGCUCCCAUUGCAGCUCAAGCCCAGUCACCCAUGGCAUACAUGCCAACACCCGUGGACAUGUCGACGCUGACCCUCAACAAAGAUAUGAUGACAAUGUCUGAACGCCUGGCUGAGAACACACACGACAUCUGGGCCAAGAAAAUGAAGGAAGAGCUGGACACUGUCGGUGGUGGCAUACAUGCUCAGCUGGUGCCGUACGACCUGCUCACCGACCGUGAGAAGCACAAGAACCGAGACCGUGCCCAAGAGUUCCUCAAGUUUCUGCAAUACGAGGGCUACCGUGUUUCCAGGCAAUCCAUACGUCGCCGUGAACGGGGUGGUGCCCCGAGCGAGGAACCUCAAGCCCCUGGUCAGGGCCAGGCUCCAGGGCAGGAACGUCGUUUUGCCAGCUCCCUGUUAGAGAAACUGCUGCAGUACCUGGAUAUGGCUGCAAUAAAUCUCAAGGUUCUUAAGCCCAGUGUACCGUUCAGCCGCCGGACAAGCUUCAAGACCUCCAGUCGGGACGUCAAGUUCUUCAGCAAGGUGGUGUUGCCGCUGAUGGAGAAGGUAUUUGUGGCACACCGCGCAUUUUUCCUGAUGUCGCCCACUGCCACAUCCACAGUAGGCACGGCCACCAUACGCGAGAAGGAGAUGGUCGCAAGCCUGUUCUGCAAGCUGGGCGGUCUGCUCAGAGCGAAGUUCAGCAUCUUUGGCAAUGAGUGCAAGUUAGCUGUAUCCUGUCUUCAGGUGCUCAUUCGUGCCACGGAUGCAAAGGCAAUAGUAAAGAACUGCCCGGACUUUGUGAAGACUUCGAUGCUGACUUACUUCAACAGCGCGGCUGACGAUCUGGCCCAGACGCUAAUAAACCUAGAGCAAGGACGCUACAGCCACCUGCGCGGUACGACAAUGAAGACAUCAUCGUCGCUCAACUACGUACAACUCGUUCUGCUGCCCGUGCUGACAGCGUUGUUUGACCACCUGGCUGCCAACGAGUUCGGCAGUGACCUGUUGCUGAGUGACAUCCAAGUGGCCUGCUACAAGAUUCUGAACAGUCUGUACACAUUGGGCACCAACUUGGAACUUCAUGGUGGCAGGUCUUUCGUCAAGGCUGAGUUGGAACGCCACCGACCUGCGUAUGGAAACUGUCUGGGUGCUUUUGCAGCCACCUUCCCUGUGGCUUUUCUGGAGCCUUCGCACAACAAGCACAAUCCCUACUGUAUCCAUGGCAAGGCCCAAGAGCAUUCCCUGGAAGCACAGGCUGUAAUGGCAACGCUGGAGUCAAGCAUGCCGACGUUAGAAGACCUCGUGGGACAGGUGGAGUUUGUAACGGGAAAUGGGAAGUACGCGGAACAGCCCUACAUCAUCGAUGUGAUGGUCCCUAUGUUGUGCAGCUACCUCCCUUUCUGGUGGAGUCAAGGUCCUGACAAUGUAAACCCCACAUCAGGGAACCACGUGACCAUGGUUACUAGUGACCAUUUGACUAGCCUUCUUAAGAACAUACUAAAUCUUCUGCGUAAAACUCUCAACGUGGAGGGUUCUCCAUGGAUGAUAACUAUCGCAGGGCAUGCGGGCCAGAUUGUGAUCAACUCGUCUGAGGAACUGCUGCGUGAUCCUAUUCUGCCACUGAUGGAGAAAGUUCGGCAGUGCGCGGACUCGGUGUUCCACAAGGAGGAGUGCAUGCGCAGUUACCUCAAGUCCAGCACGGAUGACACCUCCCAGGCAGAGAGCCAGCUGCAAGAGGAGUUCUCACUUCUUGUUCGAGACAUCUAUGCCUUCUUCCCUCUACUCAUCAAGUAUGUGGACCUUCAGAGAAACCACUGGCUUAAGAACAACGUCAAAGAAGCGGAACAAGUCUACACUUGUGUUGCCCACGUGUUCAAUACUUGGAACAAGUCGCAGUACUUCCGGCGAGAGGAAGCCAACUUCAUCUCGCAGCAUGAGAUCGACAACAUGGCACUUAUUAUGCCGUCCUCGGGACGUGGUCGAGCGAGUGUGCAGACCGUGGAUGCUGGUCAGAGCCAGAAGAAAGAAAAGAAAAAGAAGCGCGACGGCAAGCGAGACAAGGACAAAGAGCUGGCAGCCAGUCUAGUGGUGGCCUGCCUCAAGCGCCUCCUACCUGUCGGCCUCAACCUAUUCGCCGGACGUGAGCAGGAGCUUGUCCAGCAUGCCAAGGAGAAGUUCCUCAACAAAUGCCAAGACUCUGACAUUUUUGAUUAUGUCAAGCUGCAACUUACCCUUCCUGAUAAGAUCGACCCGACAGAUGCAAUGAGCUGGCAGCACUAUCUGUACAGCAAGCUGGGUAGCCAGCGGUCCACACCUACGGAGCCGAAUGCAGUGGUACCGGUUGUCUCCCAAGACCGGCUCGUAGAACGCAUCAUUGAUAUGGCCAAGGUGCUCUAUGGACUGCAUGUGAUCGACCACGCUCAGGGUUCGCAGAAGGGUGCCUAUCGCAGUGUAGUGUCCACACAGCGCAAGCGGGCCGUCAUAGCCUGCUUCCGAAUGAUCUCGCUGCACAGUCUUCCCAGGCAUCGGGCAAUCAACAUAUUCUUAAGUGUCUACACAAACCUUUGGCUGGAAGAGGAAAAUGUUGGCCAAGAGCAGCUAAUUGAUGACCUCACGACCACAUUUGAGGAGUCGGAGAAGGAGCAAUCUGCUGAAGAGACGGAGGAGGCACCUGAUCCAUUGGUGCAGCUUGUUGUGGCCUUUUCAAGAAGAGCCACAACUGAGCACAGUGGUGUCAAUCCCGAGGACCCCUUGUAGCAGUAUGCCUUCAUCUUUAGCCAGAGUUGUGGUGGCGCCGAAGAGGAAGAGGAGGAGGAAGAGGGUGACGAGGAGUCUGGGCCCUCGAUUCAUGAACAAGAGUUAGAGAAGCAACGGUUGCUGUUUCAACAGGCGCGUCUUGCCAGUCGAGGUGUUGCUGAAAUGGCGCUUCUAUACAUUUCAGCCUGCAAAGGAGUCCAUGGCCCGAUGGUGAUUGAAACCCUCAAGCUUGGCAUUUCCCUUCUGAAAGGAGGCAACCAGGAAGUUCAAAUGCGCAUGCUGAAACACCUCAAAGAGAAGAAGGACGUUGGGUUUUUCACUUCCAUUGCCGGACUUAUGAACCUGUGCAGCGUGCUGGACCUGGACGCCUUCGAGCGCACACAGAAGGCAGAGGGCCUAGGUGUUGGGGCAGAGGGAACGGCAGGCGAGAAGAACAUGCACGACGCUGAUUUCACGUGUGCCCUGUUCCGCUUCCUGCAACUGCUCUGCGAGGGUCACAAUUUGGAAUUCCAGAACUAUUUGAGAACCCAAGCUGGUAACACGACAACUGUUAACGUCGUAAUCAGCACUGUGGAUUACUUGCUUAGACUGCAGGAAUCAAUCAUGGAUUUCUAUUGGCAUUAUUCAAGCAAAGAAAUUAUUGAUCAGCCGGGCAAGGACAACUUUUGUCGUGCAAUCACGGUUGCCAAGCAAGUUUUCAACACCCUUACUGAGUUCAUCCAGGGUCCAUGUUCGCUGAACCAGCAGGCGCUAGCUCACAGUCGUCUCUGGGAUGCGGUGGGCGGCUUCCUUUUCCUCUUUGCUCACAUGCAGGACAAGCUGUCCAAGAACUCAAGUCAACUGGACCUCCUCAAUGAGUUGCUGCAGCUGCAACAGGAGAUGGUUAUCAUGAUGCUUAGUAUGCUUGAAGGUAACGUGAUGAAUGGCACAAUCGGAAAACAAAUGGUGGACACACUGGUGGAAUCUGCCUCAAAUGUUGAGCUCAUAUUGAGGUUCUUCGACAUGUUCCUCAAGCUCAAAGAGCUCACAUCGUCAAGUUCAUUCCAGGAGAUUGACUCCAAGAAUACAGGUUGGAUCACACCGAAGGACUUCCGGAGAGCUAUGGAGCAACAGAAAAUUUACAAUCCGGAUGAAAUUUCUUUCCUAAUGAGCUGCUGUGAACCUAACAUGGACGACCUGAUAGAUUAUCGUGAGUUCACGGAAAGAUUCCAUAACCCCGCCAAAGACAUCGGCUUCAACUUGGCUGUGUUGCUGACGAAUCUAUCGGAACACAUGCCGAAUGAUCCACGGUUGCAACGUUUCCUCGAAACUGCUAGCAGUGUGCUGAACUAUUUUGAACAAUUCCUUGGUCGCAUUGAAAUUAUGGGUGGCAGCAAGAGAAUUGAGAGGGUCUAUUUUGAAAUCAAGGAGUCUACCAUUGAUCAGUGGGAAAAACCGCAGAUUAAGGAGUCCAAGAGGGCCUUCUUCUAUAGCAUCGUGACUGAAGGUGGCGACAAAGAGAAGCUGGAGGCAUUUGUUAACUUCUGCGAAGAUGCCAUAUUUGAGAUGCAACAUGCGAGCAGUAUAUCAAACGAAGAUACUGAGGAGCCUCCAGCCAAGGCGGAGCCCUACACGUUCUUGGGAGCGGAAGAGGAGAGGCCGCCAGGCCCCCUGGAGCCCCUCAAGCAGGGCCUGGGGCUUCUGCGCGAUGGCAUAGGGGCAUUGUUCUCUGUGUUGCGGCCGUCAAAUCUGCGGCGUCAGUACCAGAAGCUGCGGUCCAUGACCAUCGGUGAGAUCUUGCUGGGAACAUUUAAGAUGUCCUUCUUCGGAUUCUUCUACAUCAUCUGGCUCAUCUUCGCGUUUACAAGGAGUACGGUGCGUGUUACACUCCGACUGAUGGGCGGCCAACCCCUGGUCGGCAGCGCGGUGCCCGAGGAAGAGACCAGGGGACUCAAGUAUGGUGGCGCCACGGGCCCACCGCUCGCUUUAGAGGCUGGGCCCGCGGCUGUGGCCAUGGCAGCAGGCUGGGGGACUUCCGGCCGAGGCGGACAUGGCCCCGCACAUGCGCGCUUUCGGCCUGGACAUCACUAAAACGGAGGAGGACGGCGAAGUGAAGUACCAUGUACAACCUCCAAAGUCUACGCUAAGCCCCCAGUCGAGCAUGGAUGAUGCCGAUCAAACCACUGACGAGGACACUAGCAAGGGAUCGCCGCACGAGAAGGGCUCGCCCGAUGGAGAGCUGCCGGAUGGCGUUCCGCCAGAUGCACAGACAACAGUCUUGGAUGGCGACGUCAAGACAAAAGAGACUGCACAGGCUACAAUGGAUGGG